CCCAAGAUACAAGGCCUAAUCUUGAGAAGCAGCGAGGGCUUGGUAUCGGAGGAGAGCGAAGGGAAUGCCUGAAAAAUGCAGGUAUACCUCUUAGUGAACCCGAGCUCCAUCAAUGGUGGAGCUGGGGUAUCAGCCGGCGUCAAGGGAAACCUCUUAGGGGUCUCAUGGAAGCAAUCGCAUCGAUGGAGCCGUCGAACAGUUGUGGCGUCAGCGGCCAUCAAUGGCGAGCAGGACCACUAUGCCGUGCUGGGCAUCUCAUCUAGUGCUUCCCCUGCCGAUAUCAAGAGGGCUUAUCGUCUUCUCGCUCGAAAGUAUCAUCCUGAUGUUAGUAAGGAUUCACAAGCUGGUGAGGUUUUCAAGAGCAUCCGUCUUGCAUAUGAUGUGUUAUCUAACGAAGCAACAAGAGCUCAAUAUGAUGGCACACUUAAAUUUCAGGAAAACAUGGGCAGGCCAUGGAAGAGGCAUGUCCCUGAAUUUGAUGAAGAGAUCAGGAUGUACAGGUGGGCCGAGUUGAGGAAGCAGAUGUGGCGUGACAGGUACAGGCAACAAAAUUAUGCUAGUGAAGAGGAUUCUUCCUCGGAUGGUGAAACAGAUGACAUGCAUGAAGAAGAAAGCCCCGACAACGAGAGAGGACCAUUUAGUGAAGUCCUGAGAUCCGCCUUCUUCACUCUGUUCCUUAUGAAGGCUAUUGGAUCUCGGUUGUCUCUGACACUUUGCAGCCUGAAUGCAUUGCUUGACAAGAAGUUGGAUGCUGGAUAUAAAAUAGGUUAUCUAAUUGCAUGGAUUAUAGGUGGUACAAGAGGUAUCCUGCUUACAUUAUCCCUGUCAUUCACAAGUUGGCUUUGUGGUAAAACCAGUAGCAGCAUUGUUGCUGUGGUGGUGGUAGCCAUGUGGGUGGGUAUGAACCUGGGACCGUAUGCUCCACUUCCACAGGGUGCACUGUUAACACUAUUGUACAUGUCCAUUAAGCUUCAUGUCGAUUUAAGCUAAGUCUACUUCAUUCGUUGCCUGUAAUAACUAAUAAAUGCUUGUACAUUUCCCACCUUUCUAAGACUAAGAUCGUGUUGUAUAUAUAACUUCCUGUUUGGUAAAGCUAGCAUUUUUUCUAUCGA